AUGGCGACUCCUGCAUGGACAACAAUCUGUCAUAAUUUUGUUCACUACAAACGAUGUUACGACGUUUUUGAAAAAAGGUCAGGCAAGGUCGAUCUGUACAACAACUGGGCAAAAGAGGAAUUUUCUAAAGUUGCUGAAGAUAUUUGUGGCGGGAAAAGGAAUCCAGGCAUUCGGAACCCGAUUUGUACUUUGGGAAUGGGCAGCGGGACGGGAAGCUUUGAAAUGGCACUUCUAAAGCAACUUCAGCCCUACUUCCCUUCAAUGCACCACACCGUGGUGGAGCCGUGUGAGGAAUUCAUUUCUCACUACAAACUUCACUCCGUCCUUGAGAAUGUACAGUAUGACUGGCAGCCCAAGACAUUCCAGCAAUACAUGCACGACCAUGAGUGCACUUCCAAUGGUAGAAAAUUCGACUUCAUCAGUGCUGUCAAUUCUCUUUACUACACUGGCAAUGUGAAAGAGACCAUUCGCUUCCUCAUUGAUCAACUAACUGAAUCGGGCUAUCUUUUGGUAGUUGUCCGUUCAGAAAAGGGAUCUGGUUUUCGGAUCAUCGUUAAUUUUCCUGAGCUGCACCCAGCCUUCAAGCCAAGUUAUUUCAUCUCUUCGAAGACAGUAUCUGAGGCAAUUGCUGAAUUGGGAAUGACGGCCAAAGUGAAUAGCCUGCGGACCAAUGUAGACUUAUCAGGUGUGUUCGACGAUGAUGAUGCUGAAGGUGAUGAUCUGUUGGACCUAUUUACGGGGGUAAUGAAUUUCCGAAGAACAGCCCCAGAAACCCUGGUUGAACGUGUUCUUAACUUCCUUAGACAAGAAAGUAUCCCGGAUUCUGAAUCUGGCAAAAUAAAUUAUAUGAACCAUUCUGUGUGUGUAGACUGGGACGCUAUUUUAGUUGAGAAAUUACACAAGCAAUAG